AGAGGCCGGUAGAGGACUGUGAAAGGAAAGUUGUCCCCCAGGAUGGACUUCUCCACCGCGCAGCCCAAGCCUGCCACUGCCCUCUGUGGCGUCGUGAGUGCCGACGGGAAGAUCGCUUACCCUCCGGGGGUAAAGGAGAUCACCGACAAGAUCACCACCGACGAAAUGAUCAAACGACUGAAGAUGGUAGUAAAAACUUUUAUGGAUAUGGAUCAGGACUCAGAAGAUGAAAAACAGCAGUAUCUCCCACUAGCCUUGCAUCUAGCAUCUGAAUUUUUUCUCAGGAAUCCCAAUAAAGAUGUGCGUCUCCUUGUAGCAUGUUGUUUGGCUGACAUCUUUAGAAUCUAUGCCCCAGAAGCUCCAUAUACUUCCCACGAUAAACUUAAGGACAUAUUUUUGUUUAUCACCAGACAAUUAAAAGGUUUGGAGGAUACAAAGAGCCCACAGUUUAAUAGAUACUUUUAUUUAUUAGAGAAUUUAGCUUGGGUUAAAUCAUAUAACAUCUGCUUUGAAUUGGAAGAUUGCAAUGAAAUUUUUAUUCAGCUUUUUAGGACUCUCUUCUCAGUGAUCAACAAUAGCCACAAUAAGAAGGUACAAAUGCACAUGCUAGACUUGAUGAGUUCUAUCAUCAUGGAAGGUGAUGGAGUUACUCAAGAAUUACUGGACUCCAUUCUUAUUAACCUCAUUCCUGCACAUAAGAACUUAAAUAAACAGUCCUUCGACCUCGCCAAAGUCCUAUUGAAAAGGACAGUUCAGACUAUUGAGGCAUGCAUUGCCAAUUUUUUCAAUCAAGUCCUGGUGCUGGGAAGAUCGUCAGUAAGUGAUUUGUCAGAACAUGUAUUUGAUCUGAUUCAGGAACUUUUUGCUAUAGACCCUCAUUUAUUAUUAUCUGUCAUGCCGCAGCUUGAAUUCAAACUGAAGAGUAAUGAUGGAGAAGAGCGAUUAGCUGUUGUUCGACUCCUAGCUAAAUUGUUUGGUUCUAAAGAUUCUGAUUUGGCAACACAGAAUCGUCCUCUGUGGCAAUGUUUUCUUGGACGGUUUAAUGACAUUCAUGUUCCUGUCAGAUUAGAAAGUGUGAAAUUUGCCAGUCACUGUUUAAUGAAUCACCCAGAUUUAGCAAAAGACCUCACAGAAUAUUUGAAAGUUAGAUCACAUGAUCCAGAAGAAGCUAUUCGUCAUGAUGUCAUUGUUACUAUAAUAACAGCUGCCAAAAGAGACCUUGCCUUAGUAAAUGAUCAGCUACUUGGCUUUGUAAGGGAAAGAACAUUGGACAAACGGUGGCGAGUAAGAAAAGAAGCUAUGAUGGGCCUGGCUCAACUUUAUAAGAAAUACUGUCUUCAUGGCGAAGCGGGAAAGGAAGCUGCAGAGAAAGUCAGCUGGAUAAAGGACAAACUUUUGCAUAUAUAUUAUCAGAAUAGCAUCGAUGACAAACUGUUGGUAGAGAAAAUCUUUGCUCAGUAUCUUGUCCCCCACAACCUGGAAACAGAAGAGAGAAUGAAAUGCUUGUAUUAUUUAUAUGCUAGUUUGGAUCCAAAUGCUGUCAAAGCUCUCAAUGAAAUGUGGAAGUGUCAGAACAUGCUUAGAAGUCAUGUACGAGAACUACUGGAUUUACACAAGCAGCCUACGUCAGAGGCUAACUGUUCCGCCAUGUUUGGAAAACUGAUGACCAUAGCAAAGAAUUUGCCUGACCCUGGGAAAGCACAAGAUUUUGUGAAGAAAUUUAACCAGGUUCUUGGGGAUGAUGAGAAACUGCGGUCUCAGUUGGAGUUGUUAAUCAGCCCGACCUGUUCAUGCAAACAGGCAGAUGUUUGUGUGAGAGAAAUAGCUCGGAAACUUGCAAAUCCUAAGCAGCCAACAAAUCCUUUUCUAGAGAUGGUCAAAUUUCUGUUGGAAAGAAUUGCACCUGUGCACAUUGAUUCAGAAGCCAUAAGUGCACUGGUAAAACUGAUGAAUAAAUCAAUAGAGGGGACAGCAGAUGAUGAAGAGGAGGGUGUAAGUCCAGAUACAGCUAUUCGUUCAGGACUUGAACUUCUUAAGGUUCUGUCUUUCACACAUCCUACCUCGUUCCACUCUGCAGAGACAUAUGAGUCCCUGUUACAGUGCCUCAGAAUGGAAGAUGACAAGGUAGCAGAAGCUGCUAUACAAAUUUUUAGAAAUACAGGCCACAAAAUAGAAACAGACCUACCCCAGAUACGAUCGACCUUAAUUCCCAUUUUACAUCAGAAAGCAAAGAGAGGUACUCCACACCAAGCAAAACAGGCCGUUCACUGUAUACAUGCCAUAUUCACAAAUAAAGAAGUCCAGCUUGCACAGAUUUUUGAGCCACUCAGUAGGAGUCUGAAUGCUGAUGUACCAGAACAACUUAUAACUCCAUUAGUUUCACUGGGCCACAUUUCCAUGUUAGCACCAGAUCAAUUUGCUUCCCCAAUGAAAUCUGUAGUAGCAAAUUUUAUUGUGAAAGAUCUGCUAAUGAAUGACAGGUCAACAGGUGAAAAGAAUGGAAAAUUAUGGUCUCCAGAUGAAGAGGUUUCCCCUGAAGUACUAGCAAAGGUACAGGCAAUUAAACUUCUGGUAAGAUGGCUGUUGGGUAUGAAAAACAACCAGUCCAAAUCUGCCAAUUCAACUCUUCGGUUAUUAUCAGCGAUGUUGGUUAGUGAGGGUGACCUGACAGAGCAAAAGAGGAUCAGUAAAUCUGAUAUGUCUCGCUUGCGAUUAGCUGCUGGUAGUGCCAUAAUGAAGCUUGCUCAGGAACCUUGUUACCAUGAAAUUAUAACCCCAGAACAGUUUCAGCUCUGUGCACUUGUUAUUAAUGAUGAGUGCUAUCAAGUAAGGCAGAUAUUUGCUCAGAAGCUACAUAAGGCACUUGUGAAGUUACUGCUCCCAUUGGAGUAUAUGGCGAUCUUUGCCUUGUGUGCCAAAGAUCCUGUGAAGGAGAGAAGAGCACAUGCACGACAGUGUUUGCUUAAAAAUAUCAGCAUACGCAGGGAGUACAUUAAACAGAACCCCAUGGCUACUGAGAAAUUAUUAUCACUGUUGCCUGAAUAUGUAGUUCCAUAUAUGAUCCACCUGCUAGCCCAUGAUCCAGAUUUUACAAGAUCGCAAGAUGUUGAUCAGCUUCGUGAUAUUAAAGAGUGCCUAUGGUUCAUGCUUGAAGUUUUAAUGACAAAGAAUGAAAAUAAUAGCCAUGCCUUUAUGAAGAAGAUGGCAGAGAACAUCAAACUAACAAAAGAUGCCCAGUCUCCAGAUGAAUCCAAGACAAAUGAAAAACUUUAUACAGUAUGUGAUGUUGCCCUGUGUGUUAUAAAUAGUAAAAGUGCUUUGUGCAAUGCAGAUUCACCAAAGGAUCCAGUCCUUCCAAUGAAAUUUUUUACACAACCCGAAAAGGACUUUUGUAAUGACAAGAGUUACAUUUCAGAAGAGACAAGAGUACUUCUAUUAACAGGAAAGCCGAAACCUGCUGGAGUACUAGGUGCAGUGAACAAGCCUUUAUCAGCAACGGGAAGGAAACCAUAUGUUAGAAGCACUGGAGCUGAGACUGGAAGCAAUAUCAAUGUAAAUUCAGAGCUGAACCCUUCAACCGGAAAUCGAUCAAGGGAACAGAGUUCAGAGGCAGCAGAAACUGGAGUUAGUGAAAAUGAAGAGAAUCCUGUGAGAAUUAUUUCUGUCACACCUGUAAAGAAUAUUGACCCAGUAAAGACUAAGGAGAUUAAUUCUGAUCAGGUUGCCCAGGGCAACAUCAGCAGUGACCGAGGAAAGAAAAGAACAGUAACAGCAGCUGGUGCAGAGAAUAUCCAACAAAAACCAGAUGAGAAAGUAGAUGAAUCAGGACCACCUGCCCCUUCAAAACCCAGGAGAGGACGUCGACCCAAGUCUGAAUCUCAGGGCAAUGCAACCAAAAAUGAUGAUAUAAAUAAACCUCUUAGCAAGGGAAGAAAGAGAGCUGCAGUCAGUCAGGAAAGCCCUGGAGGUUUGGAAGCAGGUAAUGCCAAAGCACCCAAACUGCAAGACAUAGCCAAAAAGGCAGCACCAGCAGAGAGACAAAUUGACUUACAAAGAAGCCAAGUGCUCGGAAGUGAUGGCGAUUCACUUUGGGACAUAGAAUCAAGUCCAGAAAAUUCUUCCAGUGAUCUGGAUCGUUUUAAAGUCUGUGAGAACAGCCAGGAAGAUACUGAGGACUCAGAGCUAGUAAAGGGAAGCUUCCUGAAGGUGCAGCAGGCAGCUUAUAGAGGAUUGUUUGAUAUCGUAUUAUUAAACUUGUUCUGUAUAACAAAUUAAUAGUCUCUGUAAGGAUCUUAAUCACUUAGCUUCUCUCUUACUUUUAGCAUUGUUAUCUUUAUAAAAGGUAUAUGUAAUGUUGGGGUUUGGGAAUAUAAGCAAACAACACCCUUAUCUUUCUCUCCCAAGUUUGGAAUUGUUGAAAAGGAGAUGCAAUCUUAAUAGUGAUAUGGCUGAUUAAAAAUGUGAAAUGACAUAGGCAAGGUAACUACUGAUGCCUUGCCCCUAAAUUGAACAACCAGGCAGACCAGAACACACCUUUUGGGGGCAAAAGAGAACGAAAAAAAGAAAGAAACCAAAGCCCGGCAUGCUGUUUUUCCCUCCCCUACCGCUUCACCUAUUAGAUGGGUCUUCCUCCUCCCAUACAGCAGUAGGAGGUGGGGAGAAGAGGAAGAGACCAUACCUCACGCCCUCAUGCUUCCAGAGAUGAGGAUUUUCCCUCUCUACUAGAGAAAUGGGACUAGUGGGGAAUUCCUCUAACUUCUUAACAGAAUUAAGCUAAAUUUUCCUCCUUGUUUUUUCAGUAUACUAAAGAACAGAACUUAUUCUGCUUAUAAAUUCAUUUUGCCAUAAUGUCUAGUAAUUUUUCUACUAUAAUAUCAGUUUGAAUGUAUUAAUAAAAAAUUAUUUCAAAUAAAUAGCUUUUACUAUUUUAUUGUUGUAAUAAGCAAAUUGAGCAUUGGGUAGCAACAGCAGUUAAUGGUGAAAAUAAUAACUUCGUCAUUGGCAUUUUGUUUUUAUAUAGUUUACAAAAAGAUUCCUAAACCAAGUAGUCUCAGAUGAAAAAUUAAAAUUUUUCAGAUUUUUGUAACUAUAGAAAUAAUUUGGGUUUUGUCUGUUUUCCUGUUUAUAUCUUUUCUAACAUUGCUUUCUUCUACUCCUAUCCUCAAGGUAAAAAGAAAAUUCAUGUGCAAAGGGAGAAAAUGAAGGCCAAACAGAAGCAGGCUCUAGCUUCUGCAAAAACUUGGAUUCAAAAUGACCCGGAACAGAAAAUGAAGUUAAUUUCAGAACACACACUUUCUGCCUUGAAAACUGAAAAAAGCUAUUACUUCCUUUUUUCACAUGACCACAAGUCUUUGAUGGAAAUGUACAGCAGAAACUCUUGAGAGAGGCUAAAAGCAACUCUAUUGUACCCUCCCCCAGACUUUUCUUAUGAAAAGUCAAUAAUUAAGCAAAUUGCUUAACACUUGGUUCCAGUUCCUGCAUAUCUGGAGUUUAAAGGCAUAUUACACCAUUAAUUUCCAUGCUGCAGUCUUUAUUUUAAAGAAAAUAACAGGAUGUCCUUACACUGACAAUGAAAAUUCAUCAGUUUUAGAGCCAGGAAUUUCCCGUGUUACACAAGAAAAAAAUUGAAGUCUACUGAAUUAAUUUUUUAGAAGAAAAGAGAUCAGAUUAAAUAUUUCUUUGUUUUCCUUUUGGAAACUUUUAUGUAUAAUUCUUUCUGCCUGCCUACUUUUCUGCAAAAAUGAGAUGUACAGAUUUCAGUUCCCUGCUAUGAAAAGUGAUGUGGUGGCAAUUUUAUAAAUGUUGCUUUCUGAUUUUUAUCAGAGUGAGAAAAUAAUUAAAAAUUAUUAUUGAUUUCAUAUCACUUCAUAUUUUGAUUUCCCCUCCAUUUUAGUUUAAUAUAAUUUUGCAAUAAAUGUACAUAUUGUUUGUUUCAUAAAGCAUAUCACUUUAAAAAUGGUUUUUACUCCUGUGAUUAUGUUGGAAUGUUUGGAAUUUUAAAGGAGUAAAGACUGUCCAGCAUUUGGUUUUAUAAUGUUUGUCACCAGAUUUUUAUUGAUGUAAAAAAAAAGUCAAUUUUUUAAAAUAGUUGGACUUUGGCAGCUUUGUAAGGAAAGUUGGAGGUGUUUAGGAUUGCUGUCAGUGAGCAGCAUUGUGCUGUUGGGAAAUAAGUGUUUUGCUUUUUGUCUGCCAACCUGGGUUCCGUUUUUAUGUUUAUUUUAGAAGACAACUGUUGCAUCAAUAAAUUGUUCCUUGGCAUUGUUCAGCAUAGGUAAUGUGUGCACUUUUUGUGUACACGUAUUCAUUCAUAUUUAAGUUAAGUUUUUUGCAUAAAAUAAAUGCUUCUAGAUGUCAUAUGGUAGUCUUUUUUAAUCUUUUUAUCAUAUUAUGUUCUCUUAUGAAAUUUUUUAUGUGAAAGGGCUAGUCAUAAACAAAGAACAUGAUUACAGUCAACUCUCCAUUAUCUAUAUAAAAUAGUGACUAUGCCUCUGGUUUUGGAUUUUGCAGUAGUCAUAAACUUAAAAUAAUGAAGGCAUACCAUAGAGCUAAUUUAGGAGGAACUUGAGAUUGGUCCUGUCUCACACCCAGAGUCAUCACCUGCCCCCAUACUCCACUUAAAGCCCUGCCCCAAAGCCCUACCUGAAUGUGUUUGGUGUCCUUGCUCACAUCUAGCGUGGGUUCGAGGACAAAAAUAUUUGUGUUAUAACUUGAUCUUGACAAGCUGUAGUCUACCUGCGAUGUAAAACAAACAGUGAACGUGAACUGUGUCAAAAAAGGGUUAUGUUAAAUGUCAAGUUGCUGGUAGUAAAUGUCACUUAUGUUCUCAUAGAUAAUCAAGAGUUGGCUGUAUAUUGACUGAAUGAAAGAUGGGUAAUUCUUUUAAAUAUGCAUAUACACACACUUAGUUAUCAGAUGAGGGUUAGGGAACAAUGGAUACCAGUGAUAGAAAACAGUAUCUUUUACAAGGGCAGAAAAAGCUCUACUCUUCCUUAUUGCCUCUUCAUAACCCUGUAGAAAGAAAGUAUAAAAUAAUGCCUCCAACAUGCUGAAAAAGAGUAUCUAUGCAUAAGCAUCAGAGAAGUCCCUCAAGCAAUCAGUGGGCAUGUUCUAAUCAGAUUUUGAAGUUCUCUUAGCAUCAGACAACUUGAUUCUUAAGGCCAUCAAUCUGCCACCAAUAUAAAGCACACUGGUAAGGACCUUCCAUCUCUCUUAUCUCCUUGACUAAUUACUCAGCAUCGCAGCUGACUAGAUUACCUAGUAUGAACACAUACUUAACAUAACGUUAACAGACCAUUUGCCUCAGUUAUGGCUGAUCAGAUUUUUGCAGGAGAGGAGUUAACUAAAAGAUCUGGUCCACAUACAUAUGGAAAUGGCCCACCCCUAAUUUUUUUUAAUAUGAAGCAAGUGUCUGGCACUAAGGGAAGGGAGAGUAGGAUGAUGAAAGAUUGAGCUGAUGAAGGAGGGACUUGUUUUAAGGGAAAUUUGUCAUUUUUCCUUUGAAAAAGGAAAAAGUAAAGUCCCUUAGGAAUUUGGUAUUCACAUCUCAGAGAAAUACAACACAAAGUGCAGACUUAUAUUUGAGAAUUAAUGUUAACCCUUUGUGUCUAGUUUGAAGCUUCCUGUAUUUGUCUAAAACUACAAGCCAGAAUUUUGUAUCUCCUUUGAUAAAAAGUGUGUAUAAUGUAAAGUAGUUUUGCAUAUUCUUGUGCUGCACAUGGGCUGAAUUUUUAAAAUUUUUUAAAGACUUGAAGCAGAACCUUGUAAUUUGUGUAAAUGACAAGUGUAAAAUCCUACCAUAAAAUGCUAAAAAUAUGCAUUGUUUCAAAUAAAACCAAGAAUGCAGCAUUAUAUA